AUGGCUUAUUACCGCGCGGACGAAAACCUCCCAGAGGUGGUGCCGGAUGCCUCGCCCGAAGCCAUCCCCAAACACGCCGCGGCGCAGUACCCGAACCACCUCCACGACCAUAAUGCCAAGUAUCCCGUCAUCCUCGACGACUCUCCCAAGUUUGUGGGCGCGCCAAAUCCAUCCCCGCCGCCCUUUUCCGCCGUCAGCCCGUACACCGAGACCCUCGUACCCGGAAGUCCCUUUGGCGGCCCACCUCCCGCAGAAUCACAGGCCCCGGCCAAGACGAUAUGUGGGCUGAGGAAGAAGAAUUUCUGGAUCCUGUUUGUGCUCGUUUUAGUCGUGCUCGCUGCGGCGCUCGGAGGCGGUAUAGGAGGAGGCCUAGCCGCGAACAAGGGCUCCAAGGCAGCCGCUUCCGCCGGCUCCGAUGGUGCUGAUCAAGGUGAAGAAACAGCAAGCGAAUCUCCAACAGAAACCGGCCAAGAUGCCGAAGCCACCCACACAGCCGCAUCCACGCAAACAAAGUCAAGCACAUCAUCGGCACCCGACCCUUCCGAGACGAUUCGCUUCCUUAACGAAACCAUCCCGACCGACACGUUCGCCUUCCAGGCGUGGUCCAAGAAGAAUUUCCAGGGCGAGGUAUCGCCCAUCUACCGCACCGAGGGCCUUUUCAAGUUUGGCUUCGAAGCCGUCAGCUACAUAUGGCUGCCCAACUCGACGGCGUGCUGCGUCACCUUUGCGACGACCUUAGCGUGCGGUGCAAAGAAUUUUACCGCUACGAGUCGAGCGGACCGUUUCCUAGCGUCUUCAUCAACUGCGACGGGUCGCAAAAGGCGCAUUCUUGCACAGAGUGAUUUUGAAAUUCGAUUCGAGAAAAAGCCUACAUGA